AUGUCAAACACGUUAGAUUGCGGUUUAAGUCCCCACCAGAAUAGGCCUCUCAAAGCGGGCAGCAUCGAUGGCACAGAUUUGGAGCCCCACGACAAAGCCGUCUGGAGGGCCAUGAUGGCCCGUUACCAGCCUAACAAGGGUGUGACCGGUGACCCUCACCUGACGCUGUUCGUGGCGCGCCUGAAUCCACAGACGUCUGAGGACAAGCUCCAGGAAGUCUUCUCCAAGUUUGGAGACAUCCGCAGGGUACGUCUGGUCCGGGACAUCGUGACGGGUUUCUCCAAGCGUUAUGCCUUCGUCGAGUACAAGGAGGAGCGUUCGGUGAAGAGAGCCUGGAGAGACGCCAACAAGCUGGUGGUGGACCAGUACGAACUCAUCGUGGACUUCGAACAAGAGCGGACGCUCCAAGGCUGGAUUCCACGGCGACUCGGAGGAGGCCAAGGAGGCAAAAAGGAAUCGGGUCAGCUGAGGUUUGGAGGCAGGGAUAGACCUUUCCGAAAGCCCAUCAAUCUGACAUCCAUGAUGCCCCAGAACAGAUCAGCUGAUAGAUGGGAUGCAUCGAGUGGGAGGGAGGAAAGACAAAGAGACCAAGAACAAGAUAGGGAACACGGGCGAUGGCGGGAGAGGAAAAGCGACUGGGAUCGAGGGAAUGAUAGAGGUAACUACAAAGAGAAAAGAGACCCGAAACACCACCGGGACCGAAGCCGAGAGAGAGACUCCAACAGAAAGGAAGACAGAAGACACAGAGAUUCUUACAGAGAUCGAGAAUGAAGCUUUCUUUUCUUAUUCCAAAUUUUUUUUUUUUCCCCCACUGA